GUGUCAGCUGCGUUGCGUCACAGGGGAACCUCUGGAGGCAUAUAAUCACCAUGCAGACCCACACACACUGUCAGAGCUCGGCGUGUGGCAGAUCUACACCAGCACCAGCUCUGUUGACAGCCAGCGUUCCUUCACAACAGCACAAUGGAGCGGCCUACAGAGAAAUGCCAGGCCGGUGACAGGAUUCCCACAGUGGGCACUGAGGUCGGCAAAAAGCAGACCACCAGACUGUAUCCAUCACUGCCGCACACAGAAAGGGUUGAGGGCGUCAAGCUGGACAACUCCAUCACAAAAAAGUUUCAUGACAACUGUCAGCGCGAGUCACUGCUGGGAAUUAUGACGACAGAAAUUUCUGCCGCCGACACUGACAGCACAAUGAAAGCACAGAUCGCUAUCCUGAAGCGGCAAAAAAGAGAGCUUUUUUCCAUUAAUGAGAAGUGGGCCAAGGAGUACCAAACCAUGGUACAGCAUUACAAGGAGAAGGUGCAGUGGCUAAAAGCAUUACUUCAGCUUGACAACAUUCAAAUGGAAGAGGAGGUGUGUGAAGCAGAAAAGCAAAGAGCAUUAGAGAAACAUUUAAAAAAUUCAAUGACAGUCAAAGACAGUAAAGAGGGCGAACAGAGGGGAAGCGGUGAUGUCAGCCCCGCGUUACUGAGAGCCGAGCAGGAAGCAGAGAGGCUGAGAGCGCAGAACAGCACGCUGACCAGAAGAGGGCAGCACCAGCACGAGGAGAUCAUGCGACUCAACAAAGCUCUGCAGGAGGCCCUCCAGACACCUCCAGCUCGAGCAGAGCACAGCAAAACACCAGAGGAUGUCUGGAAACAUCAGGCUGAGAUCUACAAAGAAGACUUUCUGAAGGAGCGGGAAGACAGGGAGAAGCUGAAGGGGAAGCAUCUAGAGCUGGAGAGGAGGUUCAGGAAAAUUCACGCUGAGCUGCAUACGCUCAAGUCUCAGAUCCCUCGGACUCCACCGUCACCCAAACCUGUCACUCAUUGCACCUGCACGUGUCGAGCCAACCAGGCACCCCGGGAGGGCAGCACUCAUCAAAGAGCACCCCUGAAUACCUAGCACCGCCGCCAACUUCAGCGGCACAAGCCUCAUUCAUAAAUAGGUCACACUUUCAAUGACAAGCUGUGAAACUCAAUUAUUAGCUCAGCGACCUCCUCAGGCUUUGCAUUUGAGUCAUGAAACAAUAACUAGCUACCUGAGAUUAUUUUAAUCUAUAUCUAUAUCUAUAUCUAUAUAUAUAUAAAUGUGUGUAUAAUAAAUUUUUGUGUAAUAAUCUUUAGUGCACUUUAUGGAACACUUUGGUACAUAUCAAAUACACUGAAGUGGAAUUGAAUACAUUAGAGUUCAUCAUUGACUGGAUGUGACUUUGCCAGUUUCUGAGGCAGGACGACGUUGAGGAAGUGGGCCCUGUUCUGUUUCAGUCUCUGGCUGACUGUCUGCUGCAGGUUCAGGAUCAGGUAGUUUUCACUGUGGUUGUAUACAGGCCACUCCACCAGUCCAGGCCCAUUGGGGGACCUACAGCAUGGAGAGAAGCAAACACUCACAGUAAAAUGCUCUAAUGGCCUGUGAACAAAAUACAACGGUGAAACUCUGGCCUACACAGCGGCUCAGUGGGAAAAAGAAGCGAAGAGUGAAAUGAGAUACUGUACCCGGUGCGUGCAAAGUUUGUGAUGUACGCCAUGGCUGUUUUACUCAGUUCCUCUUCUUCUUCAGUCACAAGUCCUUUGGGAGAUAUAUGUUUACAGUAUAAAUAAAACCUAUUGACACGCAUAAUGUCUAUCAAAGGGUCUA